GUCAAAUAUCCUCCUAUGUAUUCCAUACAUAAAUAUUACGACUCAAUUGUUUUUCAAUAUCAAAAAGUAAUUGUCAUGGAAACAAAUUGCUAUUACGUAAACCCCGUCAUCGAGUGAGACUGGUACACACAAUUAUAUAAUAUAACAAAUAAAACCGGUUCAGUCCGUGUUAGUCAGUCAAUUUAAUAACGUUGCUCGUCUCGUUCUCAUUUGACUUAACAAACAGCACGUGCGUUACAGAGGCUGGUGCGCGAGCGCGCAUGUGGGCAACAAAACUCACAAGAGUCACUGACAGACUGUUGCACAGCUCAGCUGGUCUGAGGAGGAAACGUCCCGCUCUUAUCGCAAUAGUUCAAGAAACCGUCUUCGGAUCGCAGCAGACACCGCCGAUGUUCACCACUUUAGCCGUUUUAACCGUGGGAAUGAACAACAGCUCAACCGUUUGUGACCGGGUAUGCUGGGUUCAGUGGUGCGUGUAUGUGCCCAUUCUGGUCGCCGGUUUCCCUUUGAACCUGGCAGCUCUGUGGCAGCUCCUCCUCCGUGUUCGACGUUGGAACGAAUCCACGGUCUACCUCGCCAACCUGAUGAUAAACGACAGCUUGCUGAUGUUCUCCCUGCCCUUUAAGAUGCACGCGUACGGUAGAGACUGGACCCUCGGUCGUCCCUUCUGCUCCUGGCUGGAGAGCCUGGUCUACGUCAACAUCUACGGCAGCAUCAUGUUGAGCGUAUGCAUUGCUGUUGACCGCUACAUUGGCCUACAGUUUCCAUUUGCCGCCCGCUGUCUGCGAUCCCCACGCAAGGCAUGUCUUGUGUGUCUGGCCGUUUGGAUCUGCGUCUUUGCCAGCAGUUUUCCUAUAUACACGCUUCACGAUAAGGGCAACAACAUUACCCACUGUUUUCAGACGUUUUCCCAAGGCACAUGGCGGAAAAGUGGGAUCGUAGUUGCCAUGGAGACUGUGUUUUGCAGCAGUGCCGUGGUGAUGGUGUUCUGUUCCGUGCGCGUGAUGCAGAUCUUGAGGGAUAUGAGGGAACGCAACCCGGGCGAUCCCAAACUGCGCAACAACAAAAGCGUAAAGAUCGUCCUCAGCAACCUGGUGGUGUUCCUCAUAUGCUUCAUCCCUUACCACAUAGCAGCGCCAAUGUACUUUAAGGCCAAGCUUGAUUACCAAGAGCCAAAUAACCAGUACGUCAAUCAGCUGCGCUACUUCAUUCAUAUAAGCAUUUGUAUAAGCAGUGUGAAUUGCUUGGCAGAUGGGGCAUGCUACUAUUUCAUUCUGAAGGAGAACCUGGAGUCCGCUCAGCGAGAGAGAAGAAUGGCCAUACGUGUCAGAGACACACGGAUACGAGAGCCAAAGACCCGGACGAAAAGUGCAGAGUCAAAACUUGGAGACUCACGUUACAGUAUGUCAAAAGCUACGGAGAUGGAAAUAUGUGUGGAUACAGGUUUUACGUAAACACUUGCAGAAAACCUCAGCGGGCAAAGAAACAAAUGCAAGGGUGAUAACGCCCAUGGUGACAGCAAGGAGGACAGAACAGGCAGUGAGAUACACAGACAUGAAUGGAAACGGAGGCAGAUAUAGAGCACUGUUCACGCAGUGUAGACAGUAUAGAGCGUAAAUGCAUCUAUACUGUAAAGAAGGUUCUUCCAACCAGAGUUGUUUGAUAGGUUGCACAAAAAAUGUGCUACAAAAGGUUUUUGUUUAAAAACAACAACAACCGUUUCUUCAAAGGUUCUGUAAGGAAAAAGAUCUAUCCAAAGAUCCUUUUGUGCAUUCUCUAAACACAUUAAGUGUAAAGCAACGUAAGUGUACGUUGACAACAAAACUAGAAAGUGCAUUUUUUUAGAUGUUUCACGUAGACUACAGAUGACAAUGUUGUCAAAACCCUGCACAUAACACAAAUAAAAAGGCUAAAUCGUGAUGUGUUAUGCAUGCCAAGACAAUAGUUGGCAAUGUCACUCUUUCUUUUUUUUGUUUAGAUGGACUAUCACUGGAUUGUUUUCAAAAACGUGCACUUGAAAUGUGAAAAGUUGCGGAAGGACAGUUUUGUUUUGUUAUUAACUUCUAAACUGGAAAAAAUAUACCCAUGAAAAUGGUGUUGUGUAAACUGCCAAUACAUUUGUAGUUAUGUUCCUAUGUUUGUUUAGUCUAAUGUCAAACUGUCACCUGUUUAAAAGAACUAAGUGUUAUUUUAUUAUCCUUUACAGUCACUCUAAAUCCCAUGAAAUGUGAAAGAACUGGUUAAUGGUAUUACUUUCUUUAGGUAAAAUACAUCUGAACACAGGCUGUGAAGUUAAGGGUGAAAUGCUUUUUAAAAAAAAAGUUUUAUACUUUGACAAAACUAAAAACUGUUCUAGACUUACAAGCAUGACGCUUAAUAACCACCAUGAUGGUAGAAAGAGAAAGUCAUGUCCUGUGUUAUCUGGUAGGGUUUUAUCUCAUCUCAAAACAAUUUGUGCAUGACACUCUUUUAGCCAAGUGUUGUUUGAACUAAUAUUUUACAUGUGCAGUUUAUUUUAUUUUUCAUUUAUUUAUUGUAUAUGAUCAGAGAUGUUGUCUGAUCAAUUAAUGUCUUCAAUUAAGACACCUCAACUGGCUUAUUCACAUCAUAUAUAUCAUUUUGGAAGACGUAAACAACACCGGUCCAGAAGCACAUGGUGUUUUAGUUUUUAACACUACACAAAUGUUAGAACCAGGGCAAUGCUUGCGUACAUUUUGCAAAAAGGGAAGGUUAAUAUUUUUGAUGAAAGAUUAUAAAUGAAAAAUGACCUGCACUGAUGAAUAAUUUAUAAUAAACACAUAUUCUAUAAGUAC